AUUAGAGGGAGAGAUUAACUGUAAGGUGGAGAAGAAUCGGGCCCAAUAAAACAUUCCUCAAAGAUCAAGGUAGAGAGGGUUAAGGCGAUGUCUGAAUUUCAAUUGAAAUCAUACCAAUCUCAAUGUUUAUCAAGAUUCAUAAUAUAAACACGAGAAUCCUUCUCUAUAAUUUUAAACCCCAAUUUGAUGAGAUUGUCACGAGAAUCCUUUUAGGGUAGGAGAGAAUUGGGAUAAACGGGGUUGAAAAACCAGUUGCAUAUCCAUAGAUAGAUCUCAGAGACUUUGGAUUGAUUCAUCGCAUUGGAUUUGAAGGAUUGUUCAUUAAUUCCAUGAAUGAAGCCCCUGAGAAGAGUUCAGAUCCAGGCCCCCCUUGCACCCAAUAACAACAACAGCAAUGGCGCUGGCGACUCAGAAGCAACAGCGCCCCCUCCUCCUCCUCCUCCGGACGCUUCUGCUUCUUUUUCUCGGGUUUUGAGGCGGCAGACUGCAACAAGUGUGACAGAGGAUCAGGAGCCAUUCAUGGGGGUGAAGGUGAGGAGAAGGACUUCUCUCCACAGAGAGUACAAAGGGGACUAUCUCAAUGUCCCCUCAAAUCCCUACGUAAUGAAGAUACUUGAGAAACAAGGUGACAGGCAAGUGCUUUUUGCUGACAACAUCUUGAAGUUCACAGGAUCAGGAAAAAUUAAGCGCCGGAUGUUAUUGAUUACCGAUCUUGCUAUCUAUAUUUUGGACCUGGAUGCUUCUCUCCUUAAAAGACGAGUGGUUCUUACAGCGAUUGAGAAUUUAUGCUUGAGUGAGCUUAGUGACAAUUUUCUGGCGAUUAUAAUACCUAGCGAGUAUGACUGUCUUUUGGCUAGUACACGUAAAACAGAGAUUGUCACAGUGCUUGUAGAAGCUACCAAGAACAAGUCUGACUAUGGAAUUGAAGUUGUCUUCUCCAACAGGUUUGAGUACUAUGCUGCAGCCGAUAACAUCAAAGAAGUUCAAUUCGAGGAAGUUGAUGGAGGAGUUAGGACAAGGAUUGCGAAGAAGUCUGCGAGUUAGCAACAAAAGCAGCGGCCCUUCUCUAUGCCAUGAAUUAGGUUUUUCUGGUUCUUUGGCAGUCUGUAAAUUAUUAUCAAUAUUCCAUGUAGCAUAACCUUAACAUUGGUUUCUUAUCUGAUAACCUCACUUGCUUUUGUAAUCCAUUUAUCAGGAUAAAAAGAUUCUGUGUUUUGUGAAAACAAAGUACAUGAUACCCUUUCUAUAUCCUAUAAAAGCAAAACAUAGCUUGUAUCUUGAUAAAGAA